GAAAUACGUCAGAUUCAGUUUGGGUUUACGAUUUAAAAAUGAACCACGCUUUUGCCUCAUAGGUAUAACCUUUUCUAAAAUUUCGUUUGGUUUUUCUAUUUACAGUGUUUGAUAUAAACCAACUAUGCAUCGUUACGUUCAAUGUACGUUAGUCCAAAUAUUCAAUGAUCAGAAGAUUUUGCUUGGGAUGAAAAAACGUGGACUUGGUGUCGGAAUGUGGAACGGGUUCGGCGGGAAAGUCGAGGCGGGGGAAGAUCUAAAAACUGCGGCUGCUCGUGAGUUGAAGGAGGAAAGUGGGCUGGAGGUUUUGACUUCAAACUUAAUGGAAGUCGGUUUGCUUUUGUUUGAAUUUGUGAAUAGUGGUGUCGUGUUAGAAGCGAAUGUGUUUCGUGCAGUUGAAUAUAAAGGGGUGGUUACUGAAAGUGAAGAGAUGCGGCCAUGUUGGUUUGAUAUUAAAGAUAUCCCUUAUAAGGAUAUGUGGGUUGACGAUGUAGAUUGGUUCCCACUGAUGUUUAAACAAAAGUUGUUUUAUGGUUUUAUGAAAUUUACGGAAAAGAAUGAAAUGUUUUCGCAGGAGUUAAAAGUUCUGGAAAAUGUUGAGGAAUUUAAAAGAUUAAACAAACUACAGUUGAUGAAAUAUGAUUUUAAAUAAAUUGUGUCUUAGUAAUUUUAAUAAACCUUUUGAUAAUGCUAAUUUUAAGUUUCUUAGAAAACAUACCCCAACCUAAAUCACUGUAUGUCCGGUCUUUCUAUAAUGGCUUUAUAUAAUUUAGGAAAAUAUGAUCAUUGUAUUUUUCUUACAGAAUUAAAUAAAUUUCAAUAAAUAGCAAAAUUUAAUAUA